GUGUUGGUGGUCGGUCGGUACCCAGGUAGCCACGUGCGCCAAUGCCAAUGACGUGAUGAAGCCCCCGAACAUGGUCCGGAUUGGAUUUUGCCCAGCCCAGCGACGGCUAGUAGUCAUUCGCUUUCCACUGUGAAUUUUCAUCUUCCUACAAACCCGAUCGAUUUCCACCGUCUGAUGAUGAUGUUUUUCCCCAUCCAUUACUCCCUCUCACUCACUCUCUCUCUCUCUCUCUCUCUCUCUCUCUCUCUCUCUCUCUCUCUCUCUCUCUCUCUGUGUUUCAAAUUUGCAGAAACGGCACUGCUGCUGCCAGCCGCCCUGUCCAAGAGCCGCCACGAGAACGAUACCAGCGACAUUCGGCGAAAUCUACGAUUGCGCUACAAGAACGCAUUCAAGCACAACCGAGGAAAUGAGUACUGCGUGGAGUUCGAGGUAAUCAAGGCGACCAAGGCAUGCCACAAGGACAACGUGUACCGCGGGCUGGCCGAGGGCGAGCGGGUGAUCGUGCGCUGCGACCUGGAGGCGCUGCACGAAGACAAGACGGUCGACACGCUCGCGAGCAACUCGGUGCAGGACGACGAGGAGCCGGACACGCCCAAGUACCGCUGCCGGGGCGACGGGCUGACCGGACGGAACACCCGCUUCACCACGCUGGCCCUGCCGGCCUGCCGGGGCAAGUGGAUGCGCCUGACCGUGGGCCAGCCGAAGAAGUGUCCCUCCAGCGACGCUCAGUUCAUUUUCGUCUAAGUGUGUGCGCGUAUGGGUCCUUGUGUUUGUGUGCGUUAUCUACUUCUCUUUAAUAUCCCCUUCCCAUCCUUCCUCGAAAACCGUCUUCCACCUCCCUGGAAAAGCUCCUUGGAUCACUAAAGCCGCUUUGUUUUGACGGGUUGGCAUAUCCGCAUAUCACCUUUACCCUGUGAUCCAGCUCAAAGCUUAUCUCGGCACUCGACAGAAACACUCGGUUGUAUGUGUUUUUUUAUUCAUAUACAAAUUGUCCUUUAUUUUUAUUUCCUCUCCAGGCAAUCCCCUCUUUGCGUGCACUAAAGCAAUAGCAAAAAUAAAAACAAACACUCACAACACCCAGCGCAAAUUGGAAAGGUCGGGCGUAUAGACGUAGAUACUAACACGAUUAAGUAAAUUGUACUUCUCUCUACCAACACACAGGCACAAACGGCCACACUCUACACCCACAGCUUCACUGUCAGCUGCUACUUCAAAGGGCAAAGGGCGGAAGCAAAACCGUUUCUUAAGAUUAACACUAACGAAUAACCA